AUGAAAGAUGUGGAAAAACAAGACGAUAAAAAGGCCAAAGUAAAAAAUACCGCGAUUAAAGAGAUGAAAUCUAUAGAAGUGCAAGUGGAUGAAGAGGACAUUAAGAAAGAAUAUGAAGACAAAAGGCAUGAAACAAAUGAAAAGAUAAAAACAGCUCUAGCGGAAAACGGGGAUUUUAAUCCCCUUGAGGAAAUACUGGAUGAAAAAUGGCCACAAGAAGUGUACAAGAUUACUGAGAUAGAAGGUUCAAACCAAAACACAGGACUAGAGCGACAAGAAGGUCUAGAAAAAUUAAUUAGCGAUAAUGAAGGACAGCUUGAUUACCUGAUACAAACAGCUAGAACACAAACUAGCAAACUCAGACCUGAGGAGAUUAGUAGUGCUGUCCCCACUGAUUGUGAUUUAAUUGCACCUGUUACAAGGAGUCAAGCCUCGGUAGAGCAGCGUUAUGAUCGGGAACGUAGCUCUAAUAAUAAUCAGCCCGAUCAAGAGAACGACCAAGCAAUUGAACCCCGGACCCCAGUCGCAAAACGUGCUUCCCCAGCUAGGCUAGGGACCACAGUGGCUGGACAACCACGGCAACGCAUGAAAUGGACUACAGAAAUGAAUGAAUACAUCAUGCGCUGCUACUACAAUAUAACUAAAAAUGAAGCGGAUAUAGGAGCGUACCGACUAUUGUUACACCAGGCAUUUCUACAGAAAUACCCCGAGCGGCAAGUUACUGAGCAGCGGAUAGCAGACCAAAGACGCGCCUAUUAUCCAAAGGAAUCUAGUUCCGGAGGCUAG